AUGCAAGAAAAUAAUCACAUUAUCUUGAUCAAACUCGAUCAUCCGGUGGUUCAAAUAUAUUUCCGCAAAAGAAUCCGAAGCGAUCCAAAUUCUGUUUCCUUCUGCAAAUCCGAACCAUUGGGCGCAGACGAGAUUGAGAUAGAAGCCCACGCAGCAGGCGUUAACUACAGGGAUCUUCUCCAGGUCAUUGGAAAGGGAGCUAGUGAUGUCUAUGGUUGUGAAGGGGCAGGUAUUGUUACUCGGGUUGGAGAAAACUGCACACAGUUUUGCCCAGGAGAUCGUGUGACCGGCCGAAAUGUAUUUAGAUCAUACGCGAGAUGUCACUGGGCUCUUGCGAUGAAGAUGCCUACAAAUUUGACAUUUCCACAAGCUGCAUCUAUUCCAGUAACAUUCACCACCGCUUGGUAUAGUUUAAAUGAGGUCAGUUCGCUGCAGCCGGGAGAAACUGUCUCAAUUCAUUCCGGUGCUGGUGGAAAUGGACAAGCACUUAUCCAAGUUGCGCAACUUUUGGGCGCCGAAGUAUUUACAACGAUCAGCAGUGCAAAGAAGAAAACAAUACCUAAUGGAGAUGUACAAUAUUCAGAGAGGCCAUAUCUUCUUUAG